AUGCAGUGGUGUCUCCUACUGCUCUGGGCCCAGGGGCUGAGGCAGGCUCGCCUCCCUGCCUCAGGAGCUGUGACAGGCGGAAUAGUAACAACGGGGAACAUUUCUGCAGAGGAAGGUGGCUCCGUCACCUUACAAUGUCAUCUCUCCUCCACUACUGCCAAAGUGACCCAGGUCAACUGGAAACAGCAGGACCAAGUUCUGGCCAUUCAUCAUGCCAGCCUGGGGUGGCACAUCGACCCAGCCUUCAGGGAGCGAAUGGUCCCAGGCCCCAACCUGGGCCUCACCCUCCAGUCACUGACCAGGAACGACACAGGAGAGUACAUCUGCAUCUAUCACACCUACCCUGAUGGCAUUUACAAAGGGACAGUCUUUCUGGAAGUCCUACAAAGCUCAGUGGCUGAGCACAGCGCUGGGUUCCAGAUCCCAUUGCUUGGAGCCAUGGCCACAGUGCUGGCAGUCAUCGGCACAGCAGUCAUUGUGGUGGUCACACUGGCCAGAAAGUUUUUUUGUUUUUGGAAGAAAUCUCUCAGAAUCCGUUCUGCGGAAGGCGGUCUCGGGAGGAGGCCGUCUGAACAGGAGGCGUGGAGGCGCGGCGCCCUGUCCUCCCCGGGCAGCUGUGUGCGAGCGGACGCCGGCCUCUGCAGGGAGCAGCCGCGAGAGGACCGCGCAGAGCCCGAGCCGCACGACUACUUCAACGUCUUGAAUUACAGAAGCCUCGCGAGCUUCAGCGCCCCCGCCGCCGAGGAGGGCUAA